AUGUAUCUUGUGCUGUUCUUAUUUUUGCCAUUAUAUCUGAGAUGCGAAGCUGUUUUACCUCCUUAUUUGCCUAUUCUGGAAAAUAAUAAUUUUGAGCGUGUUGAUUUAAUCGAACAAUACUUUCACAUGGGCCUUGGUUACAGCGAAAUUGUACUGUUUUUGGGUUUAUUGCACGGGUACAUUUUGAGCAUUCGUCAGCUGAAGCGAAUCCUACAACAACGUGGUCUUGGAAAACGAAGAAAUCGUUCCAACAUUGAAGAAGUUUACCGAGCAAUCAGAAGAGAAUUGCGUGGUAGCGGAAGCAUGAUGGGUUAUCGACAAAUGACUAGACGAUUACUACACGGUCAUGGUGUGGUUGUUGACAAAGAAACUGUGAGGGAACUUUUGAAGAUUUUGGACCCUGAAGGAGUUGAUGCCAG